AUGCAAAUUGGUCUAGCAUUUAUCUUUCUGCUGGUGGGCAUUGGUGUCGCCGAAGUAACUUUGCAUUCUUUUGUCACCAUAUUAAGCCAUAACUAUGGGUUAACAGCUCAGUUUGACGAGGCUCGGAAGCUCAUUAAGUUCACCAAAAGCGACGACCAUGAUAACUUCUUCGUGGAGGGUGUUGCCGACCCAGCCCGUGGCUGGCAUAUCGUUGAACUCGACAACAGAGUCAAUGGCACAACCACUCACAUCCGCUUCCCACAAGCCAGAGACGGAGAGCUUGCAACCUUUGACACGGAGUGGGCCUCGGUGUUCCAUGUUGAACUACACGAAGAUGCUGUCUUCUCAUUCACCCUGCUUGACCCUUCCACCCCGGGUGAUAAGCUGGCAUGGACCGUGGAACGGUACAGCAGCAAUGAUCAGACUAUGGUUUUGAGAAUAAGACCCUACGACAAGAGAAACACAAACCAGCAUUUCAGUAUUAUUUCACGCCCUCGCGAGGAUUAA